CACAAACAUGGAGUCGGUGUCGACAUUGGUAAAGGUUUCUUUGCCAAAUUAUCUUCGAAAUUUACCAAUACCGAACUCUAUAUCAGGCUUUGCAAAGCUUUCUGGCUCUGAUUGGUUGUCUUUAGUACCAUUUGUUGGUACUGUAUCAUUAUUGGUUUAUGUCACUUUACAAGCUUUUAGACAAAAGUCACCAAAACCAUCACCAUUGGUAAAUCUUAAAGUACAAAAAGAAAGCUCUAAAGUAGUAAAUAUGGUAGAUAUAGAGGAUUUAGGUGAUAAAGUUUGCUACUGUAGAUGUUGGAGAUCAAAAAAGUUUCCUUUAUGUGAUGGCAGCCAUACCAAACAUAACGAAGAGACUGGUGAUAAUGUUGGACCAUUAGUAUUAAAACGCAAAGCAUAAGCUCAAAAUUAAACUCUUUAUCCAGUUAUAGUCAAUUUUAAGUUUGAGUGGAAUUGAAAAAUAAAGAUAUCAGUAUAUAAUAUCCAUUAGCAUUCCUUAAUCAGUCUACAUUGCUCUUGCACAGUUAAUUUCUUGGAAACAGUUGUAAUCAGACAUUUUCUAUAUUUUUCUUCAGUUUUGAGAUUCUCUCAUGAAUACCAAACGUCAAGCAGAUGUAAUUUGAUAUGCAUUUAUGAAUGGUUUAUUCUGCAUUUUAGUUUCCACAUUGAUUUAAGUAAAUUGGAUGUUAGAAAACUUUAAAUUGGGAUACUAAUAAAGUGAUACUUUUAUGAAACUAGACUCUCCUCAAAAGUAAGAUACUGCAACUUUAAAGCAAUUUGUGUGGCUCUUCUCCCUUUUUCUCAAUUACAGAACAGGGUUUCUCAUCAGUUUUCCAGUCAAAGUGACUCAUAUUGCAAAUUUAUCUUGAUUAGCUUAGCCAAACCUAAAAUUUGGUGUGAUAAAUUGAUUAUCAAAUGGCUCUAAGUAACAGUUUGCUUUUCAUUAAAACAGAGCCGUCAUGUUCUUUGUCGCCCUCAAAAACAUCAAUAAGGUGACCAAUGCCUAUGUCAUAUCUGUCAUAACUGUCUUUUAUUUUUUGUAUUCUGGAGCCUAUUGAUAAUAUGAGAUCUGCUGUAAUAUUUUUCAGAAUAUUAUGAAAGUUUCAAAAUUUCUAUGGUAAAUUUCUUUAGUUCACUCGUACAAAUAAGAAUAUCAUUUUGUGAUUAUGAUUUUGUGUUUUGCAUUGAUUAAAUUUGAUUGUCAUUGCAUAUUCUCCAAAAUUACCUUUUUAAGUAAUGAAAAACAGAAGCUUAUUUCUUUUCUUUUAUGAUGUUUAAGAUCUUAUUAUAUUACAAAAAGUAUAUUUUUAAGUUUGAUUUAAGUUAAAAAUUGUUAUUUAUGAAGUCUAUGCAUCACAAUACUAUUAUGAUUAAAUGGGUUGUUUCACAAAUACGGUUUUGUAUGUGGUGUUAUGCUUUUGUUAUGACCUUUUCUAAUAAAAAUGUAUAACAUUU